AUGCAUCACAAACCAACGUUUAGUAUUUACGAAACAACGUACGGGAACACUCAUCAUGGAGCUCAGCUCUCGGAAAAUCUCAAACAAUCCAUACAUAAGAGAGCUCCUCUGAAUACAAAGAUAACCUACACGGCAGAUCAUAAGGAGCACCACUUGGAAGGAACUAUCAAUCAGUGCCAACCUAUUGGAUUUAAUACAGAAAAUGAAACAUACAGGUUGUUGCAUCCUUCGGUCAAGUACGCUUCAGAGACCAAGUCUUCUUUUACAACACCUGUACUGGCACCGAAUAUUGCCAACAAUUAUGAACUCAACAGACAAAAGAUUGAAGAAAUGCAAUUGGAUAUGACAAUGAAAAUGGCCACUCACAGUGAUAACUCGGGAAUGAAAGAGCUCAUGUAUAGUACCACCACGAAAUCUAAUCACGACAAAACAAAACCCUUUUCAACUGCGUCAAGCGAAGCCAUUGUGUAUAGAGACGCACAACAACGUGGAAAAGUCAAAACAGGAUUGCAAUCUUUCGUCCACACUGUAGAUAUGAGCGCUCCACCUCCAAGUGUUUUGAAGGAUGACUUGAGAAUUAAGGCCAAUGUCAUUCCUCAAUCAUUUUCUCAUACCAGCAACUUUGGUAUGGCACCCACCUCAAAGGACCAUUUUAACCCAAUUCAUGAAAAGCAUGCAGAAAUUAAUGACAUGAAACUUUCAGCAAGCUCAAGGAUCGCUAUGACUAGCAACACAAAAACGGGGGUGGUUGGUCAGAUCGGUGAAACUGAGCAAAAAUCCAAAUAUGUGGCACAUCCACAAAGUGAAUAUGUAUCACAUGCCAAAACAUUUUCAACACCUCAAGUAUUUACCUAUCGUACAGAUGCAGUGAAUGGAGUACCCUACUCGAAACCUGUUAAACCCACGCUAAUUAAUGAAUAA